AUGGGCGAGCAGGCCACGUAUGGCCCCAGCUACCGCGGUGGCCUCGCGCCACCACCGGAGUGGUGGCUUCAGUUUGUCCAUGUUUUCGCUCCAGGCCAGCUAGCACAGCUGCAGCAAGCCUACAACAACACGUGGGCUCAACCAUGCCACUGGCCAAUGCACCAGUCCACAUAUCCUGUCAACCCCAACCCAUAUUACUCCACACCCACAGCAUUCGCACAUCCACCACCCUUUUGCCCGGCCCCACUGCCACUUCACAUCCACCAGCCUUUCCCGCAGCCCCCGGCUUCACAUGCACAGCCAUCCCCAAUCCAGCGCCCUGUUGCCACUCCCGCACACGCAUGUCCCCCAAAUCCAAUCCCACCAUUCACAUCGACUCCUGCGCAACCUUCGUGGGCAGACCUAUCGGAGGAGCUCGCUCCAGUUAACCAGAGGGAGGAAUUGCCUACUUUGCUUCCCAAGCCCAAUAAGGGCAAGGGGAAGGGCAAGGGAUCAAGCCAGAAGCCCAAAGGCAAUGGCAAAGGCAACAAGCCUCGCAACGGCUUCAAUCACUCCUGGAGCUACGACUACUACAAUUCAUACUGGUACUGA